AUGGACACGAACCUCACAGCUACGACUACUCCUGCGACAGUCCCUGCAGAGAACGCGGCCACCUCCAGCUAUGUCCCUCCAAGUAAAGAACAACCAGACCAGUCCAAUCCUCCAGGACAGCAAAACCAGGAUCAACCCAAUCCCACGAAUCAGAUUCCUCCCAUAAUUCUUAGAACCAAGGACCGCUGGACCAUGGUGUCCAAGGAACUGAAAAAGAAGGGCUGGCACUUCUCUAAGGCCGUCAACAUCCCGGAAGGCGUCAAGUUCUUCCCGGACACUGUGGACUCCUUCCGAGCAAUCUCCAAGUUUCUCCAAAAUAACGGUGAGCAGUUUCACACGUAUAUGCUCCCGGAGGACAAACUGCUCCAGGUUGUCAUCCGCGGUUUCCCGCAGGAAAUAGACAUCAAGGAAGUUGUGUCCGAAAUCAAGGAACGAGGAUUCCACCCACAAUCCGCAAUCAGAAUGAAAACAGGCGCGGAACGCAAACUCUCCAGACGCAGUCCCCUGCUAGAUAAAGAAUAG